UCCAGACAUUCGCCUCAGAAAGAUCAAGAAACGCAACUUCUUCCUUUGAUCCAAACGACGUCUCCGGGGCAUUUGUAUCGCGAUCUGUAUAGCUGAAUACAGCUUGCAAUACAAUGGCGACAUCACAAUCUCUUGAUCCAGCCGGUAUAGCUGCAGACAUGCAGGCCCAGCUGUCUCUGGAUACGCCGGUUCCAGGCAGGAUCCUUGAUCUGUCUUUCGCAAAGAUUCAGUGGCCUGCGGAAACGCGUGAAAAGGACACGAUCGAGCUGAUUGAUAGACUGGAGAGCAUGGGCAAAGGCAAAUCUGGCGGCGAGCAGGGCGGCAAGACUGGCAGACGCCUGAUCAAGCCCAAGCGCACCGUGUUUGAGGUGCCGUUUUCAAAGUACAAAGUAUCCGGAUGGCGGUUCAUGGACUGGGAUUUUGCGAAAGAAGGAAUCCCGACGCGGUCUCGUGGUCUGUUUACAAUUAUGAAUGAUCAAGACAAGACGAGAGCGCCGGUGCCGGAGAUCGUCAUCAGAGGUUACGACAAGUUCUACAAUAUUAACGAGUCUGAGGAGACUAAGUGGAGGUGGAUAUCCCAAAACACAAGCGGUCCAUACGAGCUCACGCAAAAGGAGAACGGGUGCAUCAUCUUCAUGUCGGGCCUUCCAGACGGCAACCUCCUCGUCUGCAGCAAGCACUCGAUCGGCGUCAUCCACUCCGAGGCCGGCGAAAGAUGGAUCGAGAAUCAUCUCUCGAAAGCCGGUCUGACGAAGCGUGAUCUUGCGGCAACUCUGAGGAGUCUGAACUGUACGGCAGUCGGAGAGCUCUGUGACGACGAGUUUGAGGAGCACGUUAUCGAGUACAGAGGUGAUCGUGCGGGCUUAUAUCUUCAUGGGUUGAAUUUGAAUGUGCCGCAGUUUGUCACGUACCCCAUGGAGGCCGUGUUGGAAUUUGCAAACACCUUCGGCUUCAAGCCGCUGAAAUACAAGGUCGUGGAGAAGCUCGAGACUAUGCAGACGUUUCUUGAGCAGUGUGGAAAGACGGGAGCGUGGCAAGGCAUGGAAAUAGAAGGGUUUGUCGUCCGUUGCAAGGCUACUCGCUCUACAUCUACGCCUUCAGGAGAAUCUGUGACGAGCUCGGAUUUCUUCUUCAAGUAUAAAUUCGAAGAGCCUUACUUCAUGUAUCGAUCCUGGCGUGAGCUGACUAGAGAGAUGCUCAACGAAAAGCCGAUCAACAUCAAGAAACACAAAAAGAUCAGCGAAGAGUACCUCAAGUUUGCGCGUGCCUACUUUCGUGAGAACAAGGAUCUCGAGCAGAAAUUCUUGCAAAAUCACGGUAUCAUCAAGCUCCGCGACGAGUUUCUGAAGUACACAGGCAAAGCUGGAUCGCAGAUCAUCGACGAGGAAGAGCCUGAGGAUGACAGUGAAUUGGUCGUUCGCUACAGAGACGACGUCGCAAUCACUUCUGGGAGAAGCGUAUCCCAGAUGCUUCCUGAUUCAGUUUACAAGUACAUCCUCGUCACCGUUGCGACGCUCGGAUGCGGCAAGACAACGCUGGCGCUUGCGCUCUCUCGGCUCUUUGACUGGGGCCCUGUUCAAAAUGACAACAUCUCAAAGUCAAAAGGUGGAGCUAAACGGAGAUUCUGCGAAGAAAUCAGAUCGUCGCUGAAGACGCGGCAAGUGGCGAUAGCCGAUCGAAAUAAUCCCUUGAGGCGCGAACGGAAGCAGAUUUUCGACGACAUGAGUGAAGUUAUGCCAUCGGAGGACUUCCGGUAUAUCGCGCUAUACUUCCCACAGGAUCUUGAGAACCUCAACAAGAUUUCAACGAAUAAAACGUUCCAGGUCACAAUAGAACGUGUUCUGAACCGUGGCGACAAUCACCAGACGAUCCACCCCUCCGCCGACGGCGAGCAAAAAAUCGCCGGAAUCAUGGCUGGCUUUCUCCGUCGCUUCCAACCGGUCGAUAUCACAAAGAGUCCAGACAGCGAGAUCUUUAGCAAAGUGAUUGAAUUGCCAGUCGAAGGAACCGUGAAAGCAAACGUGCUGCGCGUCAUUAAGGCUAUAUCCGCAGCAUAUCCUUUUCUCAUACCAAAGAAACCGACAGAAGAGGAGAUCGAUGCCGCGAUUGAGUACGCGAUGAAUUACGUUCCGCCGAUGGACGGGCCAUGUGAUCCCCCUAAGCCGAAGAAAUGUAAACCGAAACCUCAAUCCGCUACCUCAUCACAGAGCUCGCAAAAGAAGAGAAAGGUGAACUACUUUGCUCUCAGGAUUCCGUCUUCGCGAGACGACAUGACCGCCCGCCUGCAAGAGCUCCUCAUCAAACACGGAGCCGACACGACAUUGCUAGACAAACUAUUGGCUUGUGGCCGUGUUCAGCCUGCUUUCCACGUCACACUGAUGCACAAAGCCGAGAAGGAAAAGUCGCUAGUGCCUGGUAUGUGGGAUUCAUAUUAUAACCUCAUGACCUCUGGCGCGCUGGAAAAGUUGAGAGCAGACGUCGUGUGUCAAUCUAUCGUGUGGAAUGAUAAAGUCAUGUGCUUCAACGUCCGAGUCGAAGCCCGCGACCUUGAAAUCGAGCUCGAGAAAGGCAAAGAUGGUGAGCAAACUACUACUGUCAAUGCCCGUUCUCUGCUCGAGCCACUUCUCGUCAGAGCAGUGUUCCACAUCACCAUCGGCACGGUCGACGAAGCGGUCAAACCUGUCGAGGCAUUCAACAUGCUGCUGUCACUCGCCGGCGCUGAUAAGCCCGAAGACGUGGGUGUUACAGUCUGCGAUGUCAGCGGCGACGAUGUCGUCUACAGCAACUUGACACCGGAACCUUGCUUAUAAUAUAAAACUUGCAAACAGUAACUAGCUCGAUCUACAGAUGUAACUAUUUUUAAUACAAUAAUCAU